AUGGCUGAUCCAGAGAAAGAGGGAGGUGACCUUGCUGAAGCAGAGGCUAAUAUAUUAGUAGCUGAGCAGCAAGUUGUAGAGGACACAACAGAACAAACAGAAGAAAUUCCAGACUUUGUGGAAACUACGGAAAAAUACAUAGAUGCAACACAGCCAAAUGAAACAGCUGUGCCUGCCGAGCAGGAGCAGUUAAUGCUUGAGUCCAGAGCUGCUGAGGAGGAAGCAGAGAGAUUGGACACUGUAACAGAGCAAAAGGAAGCCCAUGCAGAACUGCCGGUUCAGGAAGAUGUGGCAGAUGUCAAAUAUUUUAGUGAUGAAAUCCAGUCUGAUGUUGACACACCGGCUCCAGUAGUUGCAAUAACAGCAAAAACUGUUAAAAUUCUUGCUGAAAAUCUGUCUGGAUUAGCUGCAGAAACACCUGUUGUAGAUAGCACAUUAUCGGGAGCUUUGGGAUCUCAAACACCACAAGUUCCAGAAGAUACAAAAGAUUCUACCACAACAGUUAAAAUUAUGCUACAUCCUGACAUCCAGGUUUUCACUAAGGCUUUCGAUAUUAACAGAACUGUGGGGCAAAUGAAACAGUAUUUUUCAUCACGAUUAAAAAUACCACAGGAUGUUUUACAGUUUAUGUUGCUAGGGAGAAUAAUGGAAAAUAGUGAAACGCUACAGGACCUUGGCGCUACAUGUCAUGAAACUAUACAGUUCGAUAUGUUCUCCCUAGAUGAAGAACACUUUCCAAUCCAAUCAUCUAGACUCCUCAAUGAAUACUAUAUGCCUGAUGUUAUAACCAUCAGAGUGCAAACAGAUGAAGAUACCUUUCAGGAUGUAUCCAUAGCGAUUACGAGGCCAACUUUCCAGAAACCGUUUCUAGGUGGAUUUAGACAUAGGCUAACGGGCAUGGAAUAUCACAAUGCAGGAUCACAGACGGUACCCAAAAAACGUCCAGAGAAAGGAUAUGAAGAAUUUUGUCGGUCUACACAGACAGUGGUUGAGAGGAAAAAGCUGCAACAGACAAGAAAUACAACUUCAACCCAGAUGACUAAAAUUGGUGUUUAUGUGUCAAACAUCACUGACAGACUCAUCGAACCAAAAGGCUAUGUCACAGCAGAAGAGUACCAUGCUCGAAGACUUAAGGCAGUUAUUGUAAUACAAACCUAUUUCCGACGGUGGAACUCUAUCAACAUAGUAGCGAGACUAAAAGAAGAAAAAAGGUUGAGAGAGGAGUGGGAAGAACAAGAGGAACAAAGGAAAGAGCGAGAGAAGGCGGGGAAACUACGGAGAGAGUAUGAACGAAGGAUGCAUCCUAAAACAAAGGAUGACUUUGAACUACUCUAUCAUGCUUUGGAAUUAUGGAGGCAGGAGGAGCUUGCGCGCAUUGAUAGUACCUUCACCGGAGCUGAGCGCAAGGCAGCGCUCUGUGAACUUUUAGAGAAAGAGGCCCAGCUGAUUGCUUCCAUCGGGAGGCACAAACUCAACGCUGAUGACGAGAAUGAGCAAAUGGCAAUCCUGUCUUUCCUGGAAAAGUGUGCCAAACCUAAAAGAUGGAAGGCUUUUGAUGGUAAAAUCACCGAAAUGGAUACCCAGUUUACUCUGCGUGCCAGGGAACUCCUGGAUAUCUAUCGCAGCAUUAGUAUGAAAGACAUUCUUCAAGAUGAGCGGUUAGAUGUGCUGCUGACACUGAAGCAUACAGUGAAGGUCCCGCCAGACCCAAUGAAGCUUUAUCACAACAUCUACUUUUGCCUCGGUUGCAAGUGCUACCUGCCUUCGACUGAUUUUGCCCUGGCUGCCAGUUCACGCACCGUUGGUCGGUGUCGUCGGUGCUGCAAGCUGGAUAAUGAAGCUCGUCAGAGAGAGGCCUUUUUGAAAUACAAACUUAUGCUUAGAAAUCUUAGGCAGUCUGAGAUGAAUUAUAAGGAUAAUGCUAAGAUUGCAUUCUUGAUACAGCAGCAAGAUCUGCAAUAUAUGGUUGAGAAAUUUUGGGGUUCUCAGUCAGCUCUUAGUGCCUGGGAUGAUCUCUAUGACAUGGUUAUGGUCAGGUGGGAUAAGUAUCAUGAAUGGGCCCCUUGGAACACUAUUCUUCUCACGAAGGACGAAGCUGAGGCUCACCUUAAGCUGACAAAUCUUGAAAAGGCAUAUGAGAUGGUAUUCAUUCAUAGGAUCAAGCACAAACAUAUCCUUGCAAAGAACUAUUUCUCCCAGUUCCCAGAGAUGGCAGCAGUUCUACAUAGAGGUGACACGCAGGCCUGCUCAAGUGAUCUUUUAGUAACAAAGCCUUUAACACCCAGUUCAGCAAAGCAGUCCGUUAGGGAGAAGACCGUUCACAGAUUUACUGCUUGAAAAACCUGUCUGAUCUCAAGAUAAAGCAGCAUUUGUUUCUUUCUGUCUUA